AUGGGGGAGACCAUGGAGGAAGAUGAGGGGCAGCCAUGGGGGGAGAUCAUGGAGGAUGAUGAGGGGAAAACAUGGAGGAAGAUGAGAGGCAGCUAUAGGAUCGGGGAAAGAACCGGGGGGAGAGAGAAGCGGGGAAAGAAGGAGGGGGAGAGAGGAGAGAACGAGGGGGAGAAGGAGAAAGCGAGGGGGAGAAAUAGAGAGCGAGGGGGAGAAGGAGAAAGAGAACGAGGGGGAGAAAUAGAGAGCAAGGGGGAGAAGGGAGAGAGCGAGGGGGAGAAGGAGAGAGCGAGGGGAGAAAUAGCGAGGGGUAGAAGGAGAGAACGAGGGGGAGAACGAGAGAGAGAACGAGGGGGAGAAACAGAGAACGAGGGGGAGAAGCACAGAACGAGGGGGAGAAGGACAGAACGAGGGGGAGAAGGAGACAACGAGGGGGAGAAGGACAGAACGAGGGCAGCCCGGCCCCGGGCGGCGAGGCCAAGCGCGGAGCGCCGCUCGGUGCUGGUCACAUCCCUGGAUGAGCAGAUCCCGGGAUUCCCGGCGUGCUGGAGGGUGCAGGACGCGCUCCAGGCUCAAUCCCUGCCCCAUUCCGGCGUUCCCGAGAGAUCCGUGUCCAGCAGCAUCGACGUGCCCAAGAGGCGGUCGGACGCGGCGGUGGAGAUGGACGAGAUGGUGGCGGCCAUGGUGCUGACGAGCCUGUCCUGCAGCCCUGCCCUGCACAGCCCCUCGCUGGUGGCCGCGGGUGACCCCUGGAAGGACGGCGGUGACGUGUCCGACAGCGGCAGCAGCACCACCAGCGGCCACUGGAGCAGCGCUGGCAGUGCCACCGCCUCACCCCCUCACCAUGGUGACAUCAGCGCCACCGCCUCACCCCCUCACCACGGUGACAUCAGUGCCACCGCCUCACCGCCUCACCACGGUGACAUCAGUGCCACCGCCUCACCCCCUCACCACGGUGACAUCAGUGCCACCGCCUCACCGCCUCACCACGGUGACAUCAGUGCCACCGCCUCACCCCCUCACCACGGUGACAUCAGUGCCACCGCCUCACCGCCUCACCACGGUGACAUCAGUGCCACCGCCUCACCCCCUCACCACGGUGACAUCAGUGCCACCGCCUCACCGCCUCACCACGGUGACAUCAGUGCCACCGCCUCACCCCCUCACCACGGUGACAUCAGUGCCACCGCCUCACCGCCUCACCACGGUGACAUCAGUGCCACCGCCUCACCCCCUCACCACGGUGACAUCAGUGCCACCGCCUCACCGCCUCACCACGGUGACAUCAGUGUCACCCCAUCCCCCCCUCACCGUGGUGGCAGUGCCACCCCGUCCCCUCUGACCGACGACGGCUUCGACACCGACCCCGAGCCCUCCCCGCCGGAGGAGCCGGCGCCGCGCCGGAGGAAGAACUCGGCCAAGCUGCUGUUCAAGUGCCUCUGGCCCGGCUGCGGCAAAGUCCUGCGCUCCGGCGUCGGCAUCAAGCGCCACGUGCGCACCCAGCACCUGGGGGACGGCUCCUCCUGGGAGCAGCGGGAGCGUGAGGAGGAUUUUUACUACACCGAGGUUCAGGCGCGGGAGGAGCCGCCAGCCGAGCUGCCACCCCCCGCUGUCACCAGCGUCACCGGUGUCACCAGUGUCACCUCUGUCACCUCUGUCACCGCCCCCAUCGUCAUCCAGCCCGGCCCCUGCCAGCCCGGCCUGAGCCACUCGGCCCCCGGAGCCUUCUGGCACAUCCAGGCUGACCACGCCUACCAGGCGCUGCCCUCCAUCCAGAUCCCGGUGUCCCCUCACAUCUUCACCAGCAUCAGCUGGGCCGCUGCCGCCUCCACCCUGCCACCCUUGUCACCGUCCCUGUCACCGGUGAGUGUCACCUCAACCCUGCCCCCUCCUUUAUUCCCUUUUUACCUCUUUUUCUCUCCUUUCCCCUCUUUUUCUUUUCCCUCCUCCAAGAAAUGCCGCAAGGUUUACGGCAUCGAGCACCGGGACCAGUGGUGCACGGCGUGCCGCUGGAAAAAAGCCUGCCAGCGGUUCCUGGACUGA